CGAAGAAGGAACAAGAAAGUAGGAGUGAUUUACCCACCAUGGUCAAGAACCCUCAGGAGGCCUUUAGCCAACUCACCCCUGACAGUGGGGCCUCCCAAGAAAAUGAGUCAGUAUCCCUCCUCCCAGAGGACUUCAUCAGCCCUGAGCUCCGGGAGCAACUGGAGAAACACCUUCAACAGAGGUACACACAACGCUGCUGUGGGCUGUCCCCCAGACUCCACGUGUCUCCAGACCUGAUACAGCCUCAGGAUGAAUUCCCAGGGACUUCUCGAGUAAACAACAGGCACGAGUCCUCUGUGUUUGUAGGUGGGAGCAGCUAGAAUAUGCAGAAAAUGG